AUGACUGUAGACAAUUACGACUACAUCAUCGUCGGUGGCGGCACCGCCGGCCUCGUCCUCGCCAACCGCCUCACCGAGGACCCGGCCGUCAAGGUCCUUGUCGUCGAGGCGGGCGACGACAAGAGCAAAGACCCAGCGGUGUUGACGCCAGGCCUCAUGAGCGCGCAAUAUGGCAACCCCGACUACGACUGGAACUUUAACUCCGUUCCUCAGGCCGGACUCAACAACCGCCGCAUCAACACGCCCCGCGGCAAGCAACUCGGCGGCUCCUCCGCCCUCAACUUCAUGAUGCUGCUGUACCCGUCCCGGCGCAGCCUCGACGCCUGGAAGGCCAUCGGCAACCCGGGGUGGGACUACGACGCGCUGGCGCCCUACUUCCGCAAGUUCGCGACGGUCCACAGCCCGCCGCAGGCCGCGCGCGACGCCGUCGGGCUGACGUACCACGACGACUCGCUCGUCGGCGAGGGCCCCGUGCAGGUCUCGUACGGCGUCGGCUACGGGCCCGUCAACACGGCGUGGAUGGACACGUUUGGCAAGCUGGGCCUCGAGAUGAAGGUGGAUAGCCGCAGCGAGGAGGCGCUCGGCGCGUUCCAGCAGCCCGCGAGCAUCGACCCCGUCACCAAGACGCGGAGCUAUGCGGCUACGGCGUACUACACGCCCGAGGUCGCGGCCCGGCCGAAUCUCAAGGUGCUGACCAAGACGGUCGUCAAGAGGGUUGUCUUUGACACGGCUGCCGGAGGGGAGGAGCCCGUCGCCACGGGCAUCGAGACGGUGGCUGCAGACGGAACGGUGAGAACCCUCCACGGCAGCGAAGUCAUCCUCGCCGCCGGUGCGUUCCAGACGCCCCAGAUCCUCGAGCUCUCUGGCGUCGGAUCCAAGACGCUCCUCGACAAGUUCAACAUCCCCGUCGUCGUCGACAGCCCCAACGUAGGUGAGAACCUCCAGGACCACCCCCUCACGCUGCAGUCGUUCGAGGUCAAGCCCGACGUGCCGUCGACCGACGUCGUCCGCGACCCCAACGUACUGAACGCCCUCAUCGGCAUGUACCAAGAGUCACAAGACGGACCCCUCGGGCAGAGCAACAUCAGCGUUGCCUACGCGCCGCUCGCUGACGGCUCGGGCCUCUGCUCCGCCGAGGCGAAGAAGGCCCUGUUCGCCGAGCACGCGCAGCACGCCGCGUCGGGCGACGGCCCGCUGCUGCGCGACCUGCUCGAGAACUCAAACGAGCCCAUGGUCGAGUACCUACUUCUCGGAGGCCAGGGCAACACCACCAUGGCGGAGCCCAGCAGCAUGGCCGAGUACCUGCACCCGUCGCGGCCGGAAAACUACAUCUCGGUGCUGUCCUUCCUCAACCACCCCUUCUCGCGGGGCAGCGUGCACAUCACGAGCGACGACGUGCGCGACAAGCCCGCGUGGGACGCCGGCUUCAAUAGCAACCCGCUGGACCUGGAGAUCACGGCGCGUCACGCGCAGUUUGCCGAGCGGCUGGUCGCCCGGACGGGUGCGUUCGCGGAGCUGCUCAAGCCCGACGGCGCGCGCAUCCCCGAGCUGCGCGCCGAGUCGCUCGACGACGCCAAGGAGGUGGUCCGCCGCGGGCAGGUCAGCUGCUACCACCCGUCGGGCAGCUGCUCGAUGCGGCCGCGCGACAAGGGCGGCGUGGUGGACACGCGGCUGCGCGUCUACGGCGCCAAGGGCCUGCGCGUGGUGGACGCGAGCGUCUUCCCGCUCGUGCCCGUGGGCAACAUCCAGAGCGUCGUGUACGCCGUGGCGGAGAUGGCGGCGGACCUCAUCAAGGAGGACCACAAGGCAGCAAGGGUCAAGGCUUCGGCAUGAGCGGGACGAGACAGGGGAGCGAGGGAGCGAGGGAG